GCCUUGGUGCAAUUGAGAGACUCCGAUAAAAAGCCCAGUAUACGGAUAUCAUGAUCGGAAGUAUACGGAAACCACGUGGCUGUCUAGAGACAAAGAGGGUUGGAAAUGGUGCCUGGCUGCUCCUUUUUAUUUGCAGCUCUCUUCUUGCUCUGUAGUUUACCGGAGGAAACGCAUGCUCAGUGUGUAGCGGCAAAUUACACGGGCUGCUGUACCGCUUACCCGUGCCAUGGAGCUGGAUCCAGUUUAUGCUAUUGUGACGCCAGUUGUUACAUAUACGGUGAUUGCUGUCCAGAUGUAGCCAGCAUUGGUUGUGUAUACUUGGAGAGUUCUUGUGUAUCUGCUGGCUUCACUUCUUGCUGUAAUACUUCUACUAGUUCUUCAUGUCGUGGGACUGGUGGUAAUUCAACCUGUUACUGCGAUCAGUCUUGCUAUAUUAAUAACGAUUGCUGCCCUGAUAUUAAUCAAACUAGCUGUGUACAAAGCAACAUUACUGAAACAGGUUCUUGUGUUAGUGCUGGUUUCAGUGGGUGCUGUAGUUAUGCUAAUAACACAUCAUGUCGUGGUCACACACCCUCAGGGAAUCUUGCAACAUGUUACUGUGAUGCUUAUUGCUAUAUUUUUGGUGAUUGCUGUACUGAUGUCAAUGCUACUGGUUGCUACUCAAACUCUAAUGUAACUAUUGCACCUCCUACUGAGCCACCAUCAUUGCCUGAUGGGCCACCUCCCAUACGGCUAGUAGGAGGCAAUACUGCUCAUGAAGGAAGAGUUGAAUUAUUUAUUGAAAACCAAUGGGGUACUAUUUGUGAUGAUGCAUGGACUAGUAUUGAUGCUGAGGUUGUGUGUCGUCAAUUAGGAUUCCCUUCAUCAGGUGCUGUUGCUGUUGGAUUGGCUCAUUAUGGUCAAGGUGUUGGUCCUAUAGUAUUAGACAAUGUUGCUUGCUCAGGACUGGAGACAUAUAUCACUGACUGUCAAAAUAAUGGAUAUUAUGUACACAAUUGUGCACAUGCUGAAGACGCUGGUGUUCAAUGCCCAGCUCCUCAUGGUUCAAUACAGUAUCCAGUUCGUCUAGUUAUUAAUGAUACUAUAGCUAUUGAUGAAGGACGUGUUGAGAUAUUCUACAAUAACACAUGGGGCACAAUAUGUGAUGAUUACUGGGGCUACAGUGAUGCUCAAGAUUCACAGGUGCUAUAA